AUGGUACAUGAGCUAAAGUCACACGGUAGUGCUGGAUUACGGCCUAAUGGAGGCGGAAGAAGCGGCUGCGACGACGGCGGCAAAGCUCAGGUUUAUAUUCGACGAGGAAUCAGCAACGGCCAUCGAGGCAUAAUGUACAGCUACUACGUCCCAAAGGUUCGCUGGGGCAAGGGAGACGAAGAGGGCCACCGCCAUUACUGGGCGAGUGUUGUCGUCUGGAUUGCCAAAUCGACUUGCGAUGUUUCUGCCAGAGGCGACCAAACAUCCGCCUUCCAUGUGCAAAUACAUGACAACGCCAUUUCUCCCUACAGUGGCAGAGACGACGGUCGACUUUUCCAGCGUACUCCCGUGAGCUGGGAUUCUCUUGAUAAGGUAGUUCAGCAGGCAUUAAAUGAUGUGAGGUACGAGAAGACACAGGUACCGUUUAAUAACGUUGCCUUUCAGGCUUCCCUAGAUGCUGCUCAUGGAGCUUUCUUCUCGGAUGUGCCACUGGAGGCAACCGAUUGUACGGAAGGCAUCGCGUCAUCUGAAGUCACUCAUUAA